AUGGGAUUGAAGAACGACAAGUUUCCUUCCUCGGCAGCCUUCGACGCUAUCAACGAGGCGUUACAAAACGAAGACGAACGCAAAGAUGCUAUCAAGCAAGGCAACGCGGUCUUCGCCUUUACCAUCAAAAACAAUGACGGCGAGACCGAGAGCUGGCACAUCGACCUUAAAGAGAAGGGUAUCGCCGGCCCUGGUCUGGGCGAGAAGCCCACAGUUACCCUAUUGCUUUCGGAUGAGGACUUUGGCAAGCUUGUAGCUGGCCAGGCCAACGCGCAACGAUUAUUCAUGUCCGGACAGCUCAAGAUUAAGGGGGACAUGAUGAAGUCGACUAAGCUACAGCCUAUCCUGGCUAAAGCGCAAACUAAGGCGAAGCUAUGA